CACACGUGGGGACUUAUUUUGGGGCCUCGCUCUGUUAGUCCUUCUACGCACCAGUAUAACUGAGUGGGAGUCGGUAUAUUUUUUUAGCGUUUAUUUAGAUGUCAUCUUUCACAGCACGUUGUGACUUAGGUAUAAGGACGUCUUCAGCCUUUUCUUUUUUCUGGAAUUCAAGUCAAGGUUAAAACAUCUGUCUUUUUGAAAGAUUAAACGCCUUAUUUUAACAAAAAGUUAGACAAACGUAAAGGAAAUGCUUUGAAGGCUCUCGUUAAAUUCUCAAAAAUAUAUAACAGUUGAAGAGAUGGUGAUAACCCUGCUUUGAGGAAAUGCGAGGCUUGUAAAAAUGUGUUUACGGCCGGAACGGAUGACGACAUGAAUACAACACCUGUCCACAUCUAUAUUCUCAGGUUUCUCGCGACGCGCUCAAAACAACACGUUGCAAAUAAUUCGGGAAAUAAGGCGUGGGGUGCUGAUGAACUUUAUUGGUGUGUUGUUUACAUGAAGUAUAUACAGUAUAUGCGAGUAUGCACUGGCGGCUGCAAAGCUUGGUUUUCAGUCUGUUUCUAAUGGCCCAUUUCAUGGCAGCCCGACAUAUCACCACAAGGCACCGAGAAGAAAUCUACCUCAGUCGUGAAAUACGCCAGAGCCAGCCACAAGUGUACUCGGGCCCAUUCCCCUGUCUGGACAAAAAUGGCGCGCCACAGUUUCCUCCUCCUAACGGCGCGCCGUGGCCUACAGACGAUAAAUGCCAUCUCAGUAUUUGUACCGGAGCUGGAGUGCUCACCAAGAGUAUAGGAUGUAUGCUGAAGGGUGCCGCAUGUCCCCCGGGCACAUAUCUUGAGGUCCCGCCGAAGCCCCAGUCCCCUCUAGAUUGCUGCAUGUGUAAGCCAUAUCAAAUGCUUAACAAAAGGGGGCAUCCCGCUGAUGACUUGUAUGUGAGACCUGUAUUCGACCCGCGCGUUCAGCACCACGCGAUGGAUCUCUUGAGGACAAUUUACGCUCAGUAGCACCCUGAUGGCUGAUACCGCUGACAUAGGAGGAGAAGCACACAAAGGCUCAUUUUACGGAACCCCCCUCCCAAUUAUCGGGAGGGGGGGGUCCGUAAAAUGAGAUUGGAAUAAUGAACAAUUACGUAUGGAAUAAUGAACAAUUACGUAAGGAAUAAUGAACAAUUACGUAUGGAAUAAUGAACAAUUACGUAUGAAAUAAUUAACAGUUACGUAGGACCCCCUCUCCAACAGCGUCAAAUUUAGCUCUGGCCCCCCUUUCUUUAAAAAUUACGAAGACAUUCUACAUAUAGUCACUUGCCUCCUUAUUCAUUCUACUUCGACAGGAGGAUGAACAUCAGCACCGCAUAUAGCUUAGUCGCGACUUAAUCGCCAAAUGUCCGGGAAAUAGUUGUUGAAAAAGUUUAUCUUGCCUAUGUACAAUUAACGACCAACAAGCUCAUAGCGUUUCAUUAGAGAAUCUGGGAAAUUUCUUUUUCUGGAAAUGGCCCAGAGCAGAUUGAACAGAGUUGUAAUUUUCUCUAUUCUGUCUCAUUAUUAAAACUAAAAAUGGUUUAA